CCGCCCAGCUGCCGCUCCGCCCGUAUGCUAUGCUUCAAGUUCAAGCUUGGUAUCCGCCACCCGCCUGCUCGUUUUACCGGUGGACGCUCAAUUUUGCAUAUAUUAUCUUGUUUAAUUCCUGCAGGGUGUUAGCCUCAUGAGUGAAUAAUUACUAUUUCAACCCGCCAUGAGUAAAUCGAAGGUUUCAGCAGAAUGGAAGAAACGCGUGAAGUCCGAAUAUAUGCGUCUCCGCCAAGUGAAGCGAUUCAAACGAGCGGAUGAAGUGAAGGUAGCAUGGGCGCGAAACUUGCGUCUAAUGUCGGAGGCUCUGGAAACGCGCGAUGCAGAGUUAGCAGAGCGCGGGCGGCGACCUUUCUGGCCUCCGCCGGCGCCAAAUCCGAGCCACGAGGGGCACAUGAAGAAGGCUGAAGUAACUUGCACAGAUGCUUCCGGCAUUGUCACAACCCAACAAGUACCGAUCCACAUAAUCAACUCGGUCAACCCAAUCCCCACAAUGUACACUUGGGCUCCGACACAGAAGAACUUCAUGGUGGAAGAUGAAACGGUUCUGCACAACAUCCCAUACAUGGGCGACGAGGUCCUGGACCAGGAUGGUACUUUCAUCGAGGAGCUCAUUAAGAACUACGACGGGAAAGUGCAUGGCGACAAGGAAGGGGGUUUCAUCGACGACCAGUUGUUUGUGGAGCUGGUGCACGCGCUCAUGACCUACCAGACGCGUGACGAAGUCGCCGACGAGCGGCGCGAGAAAGAAUUAAACAAAGAGCAAAAAGACAAGGAAAAAGACAAAGAAAAGGAAAAGGACAAAGAAAAGGAAAAAGACAAAGAUAAAGAAAAGGACAAAGAAAAGGAGAAGGACAAAGAAGGAGCGGACUUGGAGAAGCAGUUCCCCAUCUUCAUCAUCUUCCAGGCCAUCUCCACGCAGUUCCCCGACAAGGGCACGCCGCAGGAACUCCGGGAAAAGUACAUCGAGCUAACAUCCCGCAGCGACCCGGACGCGUUGCCGCCCGAAUGUACUCCCAACAUCGACGGCCCUCUCGCCGAGAGCGUGGCCAGAGACCAGACCAUGCACUCCUUCCACACUCUGUUCUGCCGCCGUUGCUUCAAGUACGACUGCUUUUUGCAUCGUUUGCAGGCGUGCCACCCGGGGCCCAACCUGAACAAACGAAAGGGCCCCGACCUGAAGCCCUUUUCUGAACCUUGCGGGCCCAGCUGCUACGUGUUGCUGGACGGCAUAAGAGAGAAGCUGGCGCGCGAAAAAGCAGCCGGCGAAGAAGACAAGGGCAAGUCCAACUCGAUGGACUCGCCCAACGACGCUUCCUCAGAAGACAGCAACGAUAGCAACCGUUUUCCCAAAGGCAGCAGCAGCGCAGCCGGGUGGAGCGGCGCGCUCGCCAAGCCCGGCGCGCCCGUCGAGCCCGCCUACAACGCGCUCGGUCUGACAGUGGGCGACAUCCAAUCCGAGUGGACGGGCUCGGACCAAUCUCUCUUCCGCGCUCUACACAAGGUGUUCGCCUGUAACUACUGCGCCAUCGCGCAGGUCAUGCUCUCCAAGACCUGCCAACAGGUAUACACAUACUGGAUCAACACGGGGCAAGAAGAAUGCCGAGUAGAGGCCGAACUAACCCCGCCCCGCAAGAAGAAGAAGAAGCAUCGUCUCUGGUCCGUGCACUGCCGCAAGAUACAGCUCAAGAAGGACUCCAACUCGCAUCACGUAUUCAACUACACUCCGUGCGAGCAUCCGAACCAGCCAUGCGACUCGAUGUGCCCGUGCCUACAGUCGCAGAACUUCUGCGAGAAGUUCUGCCAAUGCUCCAGUGAUUGUCAGAAUCGAUUCCCCGGCUGCCGCUGCAAAGCAUCGUGCAACACCAAGCAGUGCCCGUGCUACCUCGGCGUCCGGGAAUGCGAUCCCGACCUCUGCAUACAGUGUGGGGCGGACAGUCCGGUCUGUUGCCGCAAUGUGUCCGUACAACGCGGCCUUCACAAGCACCUACUCCUAGCGCCAUCCGACGUGGCCGGUUGGGGCAUCUUCCUGAAAGAGGCCGCACACAAGAACGAGUUCAUCAGCGAAUACUGCGGCGAGGUGAUCUCACAGGACGAGGCCGACCGCCGCGGCAAGGUGUACGACAAGUACAUGUGCUCCUUCCUGUUCAACCUGAACAACGAUUUCGUGGUGGACGCGACCCGUAAAGGCAACAAGAUCCGUUUCGCGAACCACUCCAUCAACCCCAACUGCUACGCCAAGGUCAUGAUGGUGAACGGCGACCACCGCAUCGGUAUCUUCGCCAAGCGCGCCAUCCAGCCUGGAGAGGAGCUCUUCUUCGAUUACAGAUACGGGCCGACGGAACAGCUCAAAUUCGUCGGAAUCGAGCGCGAGAUGGAAUUCUUAUGAGAACAAACCAAACUGCAACGCGCCCUCCCCCCUCGCACGCCCCCCACCCCCACCACCCCCGCCGGCAGCAGCAGUGGCAGCAACGGCCACAAGCCCAGCACCAUGGGCAACGAGAAUUCUAGAAGCGGGAACACUGAAAGCAACGGUAACUCGAAGAGUAGUGGAAAUAAUGGCAGUAACGGGUCCAGGAGUAGCACAGGAGGCAACGGUGCGGGUAGUGGGGAUACGGGGAGGGGACCGGUGUCUGCUAGUAGGCGCGGCAGUAGGGGGGCGCGGGCGACGCGCUCGCGGCCCUACGUGCGCCCCAAGGGCCGCGACCGCCUCACGUGGCGGUACAAUCAGUAAGGGGGCGUUCAAAUAUUACGUAAUAUAAUUUUCGAAGAUUUUUGUGUACUCCCCCUACCUAAAAGUUACGCAACACCAAAGUGACCAUUUUACGUAAAAGUCACAAUUAUUUUCAGCAAAGUAUAAUCAUAAAAUUGAAGAAAUGAGCGAGCUUGUAUGAGGAAUGUUAUGCGUAAGAGGUAUGUCAGGAUCGUAGCAAGUGGAAAUACGUGGUCUCUGCCUUCCCCUCCGGGAAAUAGGCGUGAUAUAUGUAUUUUAUUUCAUAAAAAAAAAACAUUACGUUACGCCUUGUUCCAACACCCCCUCCCGCCCCUCUCGCGCAUCGUAACGUUUUAUAAGAUUUUGCUUGGGUCGGCCAUCAUGUCUCCUAUUAGUUGAAGGAUUAGUGUUAUAAUGUAUGAGGAAUUGAACAUGUCUUUUGUUUUUUGGGCCAUUUUAAAAAUGGUUUUAGACGAGCUGUGAAACAUUCAAUACGCACGUUAUGUUCCACUAGUUUUUUAAGAUGUUUAAAUGACAGACUAUAUUUCCUGUCCUAGUAUUGGUAUAUAAGGAUUUUUCCGUCACAAUAGGCAUUAUGUUUAACAUCACAAAACGCCCGUUGACUUACACUCAAAAGCAAUGACAAAGGGUACGAACUGUAUUCUUUUGUCAAGGCCAGAUGCCUUGUUGUUAGAGGCAACCUGAUAGUUAAGCAAAACAUGGAACAUUUUAUGCAUAAAGACCCGUUUUUAAUGUUCUUUGCUAUAAUUGUAUUUAUACGUAUGAACGAUAUUAGGCAUAGUGUGUUUUCUGUUCCUUUUGACUUAUGAUUAAUGACUUUGUACUUUUACAUGUUAAUAAAACCGUUGAAAUUUCA